ACUGCCAGUAUGUCAUAUUCGUGGAUUCUCAGUUCCAGUAUUGGAUUCUAUUUUAUACUUCUCAUAUUAUUAGUGACAUUUCGUAGUGCAAGACCAAAACUUAAGUAUAUAUAUAAGUUUGCGGUGUUUUCUUUCGUGUCAAAUCUUCUUGCUUGUCUCUGUUGCCUUUUUUUUGUACUAAGGCCAAGAAAUGUGAAUAAUGUUAAAAUUUCCGCCAAAGUACUAAAGCAUGUUACGAAAUUAAUCGGUAUUACAUGGGAAAUCCGUAAUAAGCACGUGUUGAUGGAAGAUGGAGAGGCCAUCGUAACUGCCAAUCAUCAAUCUUGUCUGGAUCUUCUUGGUGUUUUACAUGUAUGGGAGAUAGUGAAAAAGAUGACACUAGUGGCUAAAAAAGAAGUGUUUUAUACAGGUCCUAUUGGAAUAGCAGGCUACUUAACUGGAAUCGUAUACAUUGAUAGAAAUGAUCCUAAGAAAGCCUAUAAGGAACUCUGUAAUACUUCCCAAAUUAUGGCUACACAUAAGACAAAGAUAUGGAUAUACCCCGAAGGCACGCGAAACGGAGACUAUUCUAAAAUGCUACGUUUUAAAAAUGGAGCAUUCGCUAUGGCUAUAGCUGCGCAGAAACCUAUAAUACCUGUUGUAUUUUCGCCAAUGUAUUUUAUUAACCACGAAAAAAUGAUUUUUGAAGAAGGUCAUGUUAUAUUGCAGUGCUUGGAACCAAUACCAACGGAAGGAAUGACCAUGGAUGAUGUCGUCAACCUCAAAGAAAGAGUUCGUAAUGUGAUGGAAAAAGCCUAUGUAGAACUAUCUAAGGAAGUCCAAAGCUCCAAAACAAAAGAUAUUAUGUUUAGUCCAUCUUAUAAUAUAAUUAAGUAAUUUGCUAGGAAAAAACUGUUUGUAAAUAGUGUUUCGCCUUAACCACGUAUAAAGAACAGUAAACGAUACGUAAAUUAGGUCUCCCUGCCAUUAGAAAAAACAGAAAAAAAAGAAGGAUAGAAACAAUUUGUAGUUUCUUUAAAAUGCCAACCCUCACUUCUGGGAUUAAUUACACAAAUUAAAUUUGAAAACAAAAUUUAUGAACGAUGCGGGACUCGCACCCGCGACCUUCCGUUCGAGCGCUAAAGAAAGAUUUUACUACCUUCAAUAUAUUUGCUCUUUUUCUUUCGUUCCAUAGCUUGGUUAACUUAGAUUAAGGAUUGGUCUCCGCUACCCUCCAACUAGAUACCGCAGGUGUUGUCGCAAAGUGCGGCAACUAAUACUACACCCAAGUGGGCGUACUCGAGCCAGUCUCAAACAAUGUGUGAUGUUGACGUGCCACAUGUUCUGUUAAUCUUUGCUUAUAAUUGAAACUAAAACGCCGAGUUGCGUAGUAAAACUUUGUAAAAAUAAUACUACAAGAAACAUGAACGACACUGGGAUCACAUAUCAUCAGUAAGUAUUUUGUAUUUUACAAUGUCUACGUAAAAUAUUACGAAGCAUUAAGCGUUGAAGUUACAAAAUUUGCCAUUGAGGGUUAAGAUGCCAUGCACACAAGCAUCUUUACAAAUAGCCAAUACACACUACAAUAUAAAGUUGCCCCAAUAAAAAAGCUAUUGUUCAUACGUAGUACGGUAUCUAGUUGGAGCGCAGUGGCGACCAAUCCUUAAUCUAAGAUGGUUAAUAUUUUUUUCUGGGUAACAUACGGCUUAAUAUUGAUAUUUAUGUAUUAUAAUAUAUGCCAACACGUCCCGCGCGCCCGAAGAAGCUACCUAUUGAGCUAUUUUAGCGCUGAACCCGGCGCCGGCCACUUGAGGCGCUAUAUCCACUUGUGUUUACGAUAAUCAAGGUAUCAUUUUGCGGUUUACGUUACGGGUUGCUAGAUAAACAAAAAACGUGAUUUAUGACAGAUUCGUGCUGUGAUACUGUGCUCUUUCAUAGUUGUAUGAGAAAUUGUGACUAUUUUGCUAAACGCAUCAAAUAAAAUAUUGGAAUUA